GCCUGAACCCAAAAUUCUUUGUCCUAACACAGUUCAGCGUCGAUGACUGCAUUAUGUACUUACGAUUAUACAUGUUCACUUCAUGAAGAGUGGACAUUUUUGCUUCGGUCACGCUGGAGCAAGAUGAAAGGCCUCUAUAUCGUCACACGAUACCUCCCCUUUAUCUUUCUGGCCACAAAUCUAUCCAUGUAUUUUAUCCCGAAUGAGAACUCAGGUAAAUGCCGGGUGCUGGAAAAUACUCAAUCAGGUCUUGGAAUAGUAUUAGUUAUGGUCUCCGAAACUUUUUUUAUCCUUAGAACAUAUGUGCUCUGGAAUAAAAAUAUAAUUUUGCUUGUAGCCACAUUGUCCACCUUUUUCACUUUUCUUGUAGCAUCCUUCAGCACUGUCUUCGCCACUGGCGUCACUGCAGCAUAUUGGACUAGCGCGGUUCCGGGCAUCACAGGGUGCUACAGUUCGACCAGUUUUCAGUACUUCAUAGCAUUUCUUCUCCUUUCCGUGUUCGAACUGGGACUCAUGAUACUCACACUCAUACGCGCUGUGCAAAACUGGCGGAUAAACUCAAGCCAUCUGUACGUUGUCCUGGUGAACCAUAACAUAUCCUAUUAUGCAUGCGGUUUUCUGUUCUCGGUUACGAACAUCAUCACAUCGCUGCUCCUCCAGAACUUCUACGAAACCAUUUUGUAUGACUUCCAGUUCAUCAUGCUUGCAAUUCUUGCCACGCGCAUGCACCUGCAUCUCUGGCAGGUGAAUCAACAUCCACACGGCUCUACUAGCAACCUCGUGCAUGUUCCAAUGUCCGACAUCUCAUUUACAAAUCCGACGGUGUGAUUGUCUUAUCCUGUGGCGUAUUCGGUGUCGUUCGUGGAGCGAGGUUUGGACCGUACAAGAUGACUGGUGGGAGUGGGUUUGGUAGAGUUGGUUACGUGCUUAACUUAUAGAAUGAGUCUGUCCGCGGGGUGGUAGCAGCAUUUGGGUCUAUUUAACACCCGUGGUUUUCACUGUAAGCGACGACAGAUUCAAGAUCCAGGAUUUGAGCCAGACGCACAGCCUGACGGCAUGGAGCAUUGUGGUAGAGAUUUAGACACA